AUGAACUACCAUGAAGAGAUCCAGGAGUCGCGUUCCCGCCGGCGACAGGGCUGGGAAAUCGAGAUGACGAGGCAGGAACGUCAGGAGAAGAUGCCCUCUCACCAAAGGGGCUCCACACAACAGCGAUCAGUGGAGGAUCGUGCUGCCAAGCAGCAACAGCUCAAGGCGAAGAAGUCGGUACGGCACAGCCGGGUGCACGAGCAGAAGUCGACUGGGGGAACCGUGUCACAGAAAUGUGAUGGUCAGGAGCUCACACGAGAGCAGGAGAAGAGGGCGAGGGCGGAGUUUAGCAAGCGGCGGACCGUCACGCCCGAAGUGGAGGCGAGACGUGCCAGUGAGAAGGCAGCUCGUGUUGAACGACGGGCGGAACGCGAGGCGUUGGGCAUCAGCACCAAGGGAGAUUCAGUCACCUUGAAAGCGGCCUUGGCAGCUGAGCAAAGGCGGGAAGAUGCAGCUCGAAGCGCUGCCCAAGCCGCUUUUAGGAAUGCAGCCAAUUCUGGCGCUCGUGAGGCUUCUGACGGUCGACAGAAGCGAGGCAAGGGUAAGAACACCCACUGA